AUGAAGUGGACCAGACUAUUGUUAGGCGCUCAGUUGGCAGCAGCAUCUCCCUUCCAGUCUCGGGACAGCUCUGCAACUCGUAGCGCCGAAGUCACGUAUGAUGGUUACCACGUUUAUUCGGUUACUCCAUCUUCGGUCGAAGAGGCUCGUGAUAUUGGCAUGCGGUUUUCCAAGUAUCACACUCAUCCCAUUCGCGAUACCCUCUCCAUCGCCGUCCCGCCUGGAGAGGUAGACUCCUUCAACGCCCUGGGCCUGAAAGCGCGUCUCGUCAACUCCGAUCUAGGCAAUUAUAUACGCGCUACGGAAAAGAAAGCAGUGUACAAGCGGGACUUGCACAGGCGUGGCGAACUGCCAGAUCUCUCCUGGUUCGACACCUAUCAUCCAUAUGCCGACCAUCUUCAAUACUGGGAUGACCUUGUUGAGGCAUUUCCCAAAAACUCGAAGAAGUUCCCGAUCGGAAAGAGCUACGAGAACCGAACAAUAUAUGCUUUCAAUUUCUAUGGAGACGAAAAGGACAUUCAUAGAAAGCACAAAGCAGAGAAGCCAGUCAUUCUCUGGCAUGCUACAGUACAUGCAAGGGAAUGGAUAUCAACUAUGGUAAUUGAGUACUUGGCAUAUCAACUAAUUGACGGCUACAAGAAAGGCGAUGCCAAUGUGACCACCUUCUUAGACUAUUACGAUUUCUACGUCGUGCCUUUCCACAAUCCCGAUGGCUUUCUCUACACACAAACGAAUGACCGACUCUGGCGAAAGAACCGUCAGCCACGUCCGAAUCUCAAUACCACCUGCCUUGGGACUGACGGCAACCGCAACUGGAAGUAUGAGUGGGAUGCGGAGCCGCCAGAAGGUGGAUCUACACCUGAUCCUUGUGGCCAGACGUACCGCGGAGAAUCACCGGGCGACACACCCGAGAACGAAGCAAUGGAUGGUCUUUCAGCUAAGCUGUCGGGAACAGGUGCCGGAAUUCGUUCUUUCAUCGACUUCCACUCGUACGGUCAGCUCAUUCUGACUCCCUAUGGCUUCUCGUGCGAUCCGUUACCAGAAACCCUUCCUCGCAUGCUCGAGGUUGCUGGCGGCACAGCAAAUGCGAUCAUGGCUGCUAGCACAAAGAACAGUACUUAUGAGUUCGGUCCUGGUUGCCAGAUCCUUUACUUCUCGACGGGUAACUCGAGAGAUCACCACUAUGCUGUCCACGGCGCGAACCACUCGUGGACGAUGGAGCUAAGCCCUCAAGAUCAGGCUGGUGGUGGGUUCGUGCUACCACCUGAUCAGAUCUGGCCAGUUGUGAAGGAGCAAUGGGAAGGUCAGAAGUGGCUAUUGAACGAUGUAUGGGAGGACUAG